UUUUGUUAGAGGCACCUACGGGAGUUUCACUCAGAUUGCCACAUGCCUUGGGCUCCUAGGAGCUCUUCUCGUUGGAAUUCCUGCCAAGGAUACUGUUGGUUGGUGGCGGGUUUGCUUUUGGAUAUCCACUAUUCCUGCUGCCUUACUUGCUGUUUUGAUGGAAUUCUGCGCUGAGAGUCCUCACUGGCUUUUUAAGAGAGGAAGAGCUGAUUUGGCUGAAGAAGAGCUUGAAAAGCUAAUGGGAGCAUCACAUGUUAAAUAUGCCAUUGCAGAAAUGUCAAAGACAGACAAAGGAGAUGAGGUGGACAAUGUUAGGUUUGGGGAGCUACUGUAUGGACGUCAUUUUAAAGUGGUUUUCAUGGGAUCUGCCUUAUUUGCUUUGCAACAACUAUCUGGUAUAAAUGCUGUAUUUUAUUUCUCUUCAACUGUUUUUAAAAAGGCUGGAGUACCUUCAGACAUUGCAAACACAUGCGUUGGGAUUGUAAACUUAACAGGGUCUAUUAUUGCAAUGAUUUUGAUGGAUAGGCUUGGGAGGAAGGUGCUUCUAAUUGGGAGUUUCUUGGGCAUGGCAAUUGCAACGGCCCUUCAAGUAACAGCCGCGAGUUCAUUUGUACCAAGCUCUGCAGUAUUAUUCCUAUCAGUUGGUGGGACCCUACUGUAUGUCUUGGCAUUUUCUUUGGGCGCUGGGCCAGUCCCUAGCCUCCUUCUGUCAGAGAUAUUCCCUGGCCGGAUUAGGGCAAAGGCAAUGGCUUUCUGCAUGGCUGCACAUUGGGUCAUCAAUUUUCUAGUCGGUCUUCUGUUUCUGCCGAUGCUUGAGCAUCUUGGACCAAAAAUUGUGUAUGCAAUCUUUGCCGGUUUUUGCUUGUUGGCAGUGGCCUUUGUGAAAAAGAAUGUGGUGGAAACAAAAGGAAAAACAUUACAAGAGAUUGAGUUUGCUCUUCUUCCGGCUCAUUAGUGGUAACUGGAUCACAUACAAUAUUAUUCAGACUGGGUAAUGUUCAGACUUAGUGGUUGAACAUCCAAAUUCUAGCCUGCAGCUAUUUCUUGAUUUGUUCAAUUUUGGAGUGUGUUCAUAGGCGGGAAGGCAGUGACGACGAACAAUCAGAGAUAAAGAUUGUCGCAAUGCGAGUUUUUGCAGGACUUGUCACUGCUUAUUGUUGCUGCUAUUCUGCUCACUCCACUGGUCAGUGACUAUUGCCUUUGGGAGCAUGAAACUACAUCUGCCUCAGCCAGUAGUAGAUCACAUAUAUACAGAGUACCUAUUAUUGCUAUUUGUAUAGCCUUUCUUUUAAUUUUUGCCUUGAUCUGAUUUGUGUAAUUAGCAUGGCACAGAAAGGCUGCUCUGGACAUUCCUUACAGAAAUAAUGUUAUAGAAAUUUAAUUAGCAAGAUAUGUGGUAGGCUGGUAGCUGCAUGCUGUAACAGAAAUAUUGGUAGUACUGUAAUACGUAAUCGAUCAAUGUAGUUGAAAUUUUUCUCAA